AUGGAUCUCCUCAAAAUAUUGGAUACGAAACCUAUACCGGCUAUUGUUGAUGCAAGAACGCUCGGUAUAUCCGAGGACACUUCGGGUGACUACUGGCUACCAACACCUAUGUGUCUGUACCAGAAGGAGUUGAUCGAUCAGAUCGUGUCACUGCAUUAUUCUGAUAUUUUGAGAUAUUUCGAAACGAAGAACUACGAAGAAGAUGUGAUUGUUGAGUCGAUGAAGACAAUGUGCCGUAAUAGUGCGUAUAUAUCAACACAUCCAUAUUUGCUGAUCGAUCAUUGUAUGCCCAAAUCUUUGAUCACUAAGGACAUUCCAGCUCAUCUCGCCGAAACUAGUGGGAAAUUUACUGUACUGCGAGACCUGAUAACCCUAGUACAAGAGUAUGAAACACAUACGGCUAUAGUUUGCCGACCAGGAAGGACAAUGGAUCUUGUAGAGGCAUUGCUGCUAGGAAAGAAAGUAAAUAUCAAAAGGUAUGAUAGCCAUUCCAUCAAGUCAAAGCAAAAACCCAGAAAUUUUGCAUGUACCUGCCAUUUAUUUCCUUCAGAAAACCUUGAUCUCAAAAAGCACCCAUUGAGGCAUUCCAGACAGUUUGAUAUGCUGAUAUGUUUAGAUCCAACAGUAGACACAGAAACAAGCGAAAUUCAACAUAUACUGCAGUUCCAAAGAGAUGCAAGACGUUCCGAAUCGCGUGCACCAACUGUCAGAUUAGCAACUAUCAAUUCAAUUGACCACUGUGAACUUUACUUCGGUCGAACAUAUAAGAAAGAUAGUAGAGAGUUUUUGGAAAACGUUACUGCUGCUGCUGUUGUCCUGAGGGACAGGGUCGGUACUUUACCGCCGGAUUUGCGGCCAAUUUAUUCUCAGAAUUUGAGAUAUUUGAUCGAAUGGCUCGAGGAUCCCAGUAUAUCAUGGCCGCUGCCUGACGUUUACUGCAUUAAGAAGUAUACACCGAUGGAUGUGGAAAGCUCUUUACUCACGGAAGUUCACUAUAGUCAGAUCGAAGACGAAUUAGAGGCCGCAUUUCGUAGUGGUAAGAAAAGGGGUCGUUCGAAAAAUGAUAAAGAAUCAUCCAAAAUGGCUGAAAUCGACUCCUUUUACCAAUUGAAACGGCUACAGAAUGACUACACUACGAAUCCCAUAAAGCAAGAUAUGGCACAGCUAACAGGUAUUUCAAUUGCCACUGAAACAGCCAGUACCGAUUAUCAUCUUUACAGUGGAAUACUUACUCAUAAAUUGAUGCAAUCGAUCGGGCAAAAUUACAUGGAUCUUGAAUUACAGCGCCAAGAAUUGAAAAGUUAUGCUGAUAUGAACACCAUUCAAGAAUCACAUCAGCAAUUCUUCGAAAGUGAACUCAAAUCGAUGGGUGACAAGGUAAGUGAAAACUGUUCAUUAGUCUCGCUCAAUCUGCAUAAAUCUGAAGAGAUCGAGGGACUCAACAUUAAAAAGUGUAAAAAUAUAGAUGCCAUCUCUGCUGACAUUGAUGAUACACUUGCAAAAUUGCAAUCAAAAGGUGAGACUUACGUUUUCCUGCGAUCCCUUUAUCUUGAAUAUGAUGGAUUGAAAGGAAGGCUUGAUAAAGAAAAGAAUCAGUCAAUAUCAAAGGACACUGAAAAAGAGUAUACUUCUAAAGAGUGUGAAAGAGCUGACAAAUCAAUCGAAGAGAGUCUCAAGGAAAUAGAUGACAACAACACGAGGCUUUCUCAUUCAAAGACUGAGUUUCAAAGUAAGUGCGCCAUGGCCCAUGAAGAAAAGAAUAAAGUGCUCAACUCGAUAGAAAACCUCAACGCUUCAAUAAAAACGGAAGAAUCGAAAUAUAAACAGUUGGAAAAUAACCUCAAAGAGGUUGUUAGUAGAUUGAAUAGUCUACCAACACCGAGAGCACGAGUAUCUAACGGCAAAAGUAAUUCGAGUAGACGAAAUAAAGGCACAGCAUGA